AUGUUGACCACAGAGCAGAGAGGAGAGCUGCCCAAGACCCUGACUGACCUGUACUCACACUUCCUGCUGGUUCAGACAAAGAGGAAGAAGCACAAGUAUGAUGAGGGACAUGAGACGAGUCCACAGAAGCUGACGAAGGCAGACAGGAAAAAGCACAAGUAUGAUGAGGGACAUGAGACGAGUCCACAGGAGCUGACGAAGGCUGACAGGAAAGUUCUUCUGAAGCUGGGGAGGCUGGCGUUUGAACAUCUGGAGAAAGGAAACAUCAUGUUCUACCAAGAAGACCUGGAGCAGUGUGGUCUUGAUGUCACAGAGGCCUUGGUUUACUCAGGAGUUUGUACAGAGAUCUUUAAAAGAGAGAGUGUGAUCUUCCAGAAAACAGUCUACUGCUUUGUUCAUCUGAGCAUUCAGGAGUUUCUGGCUGCAGUCUACAUGUUCCACUGUUACACAGAGAGGAAGACAAGAGAGCUGAGGACUUUCCUGGGACAAGAUGACAAACACUGUGCCACAAAAUCUUUAAUCAGGAAAACUUUAAAGCCGUCUGGAAACAAUCAAAGCAGCUACCCAUCACUCGAUGUCCUCCUGAGUGAUGCCAUGAAGAAAUCCCUCCAAAGUAAAAAUGGCCACCUGGACCUGUUUGUUCGCUUCCUUCAUGGCCUGUCUCUGGAGUCCAACCAGAGAUUCUUAGGAGGAGCAGAAAUCAUCCAGAGAGCCAUCAACAACCUCAAGGAGAUGAACACAGAUGAUAUCUCUCCUGACAGAAGCAUCAACAUCUUCCACUGUCUGAUGGAGAUGAACGACCGCUCAGUACAUCAGGAGAUCCAAGAGUUCCUGAAGUCAGAGAACCGAUCAGAGAAGAGACUCUCUGAGAUCCACUGUUCAGCUCUGGCCUACGUUCUGCAGAUGUCAGAGGAGGUUCUGGAUGAGUUGGACCUGGAGAACUACAACACAUCAGAGGAGGGACGACGGAGACUGAUCCCAGCUGUGGGGAACUGCAGA